AUGUCGAGCCUUCUGGACUCCAUUCAUAUCCAGGACGUUUCAGACCUUGCACCUGAGACGAAAGUUACUGAACCUGAGCUCUACGUUCUUCUCGGCCACUUCCAGCCUCUCAAGCCACCGGGACAUCUGCGACGACUGGGGAGAAAGUUAUUGAAGCAUGGCUCUCCCCCAAAGCACGAGUAUGACAACGUCCAUUACAGCCGACUCGAGGGCCUCUUCAGCACCAAGGUUGACGCGGAACGUCGUAUGCAAGCACUAAUGGUGGAGAGACAAGUGACUUUCGCCUACAUUGCGCCGCAUCCCGUCCUGGAUCCAUCAGCUCAGGAGGUCGGUAUGGGUCUCCAAUUUGAAACAUCUUCAGGACUGCAGAGUUACUGGAUCAUUGGUCCAAAUCCAAAGAAAUAUGUUGGGACUCUUCCAUUCGGCAUCAUGUUGGAACAACGGAAUGGUGAUCAGCAAGGUGAAGAACAUACGAGUGACGGGUGUGGGGAAAGCUAUGAAGAUUCUAAGUUGGGGGAGAGCCAUGGUGAUGGAUCCAAGUCGGAGGAAAGCGAAGAGGACUGUGCACACGAGAGCUUGGAUCAGGGCUUGCUUGAUGGGCGACGGAUUGAUCGGGAUGGCGAGAAAAUCAAGGAGAACUUGCGAAAGAUGAUCCUGUGA